CGUUGGUCGGAUGCCAAUUAGAAGUUGGCUAGCUAGCUGGUCCUAUGUACAUUUUCGUUCAGAUUGUUAGCAAGCUGGCUACAUUAUAGCCGACUGACUUUGGCAGUUUGAACGGCUAGACUAGCUAGGUUAGCUGGCUACGUUAUAAAGGGCCAUGCCACCGCUUACUCUUAGGGGAAUAACUGUGGAUUUUCCUUUCACGCCAUAUGAAUGUCAGAAAGAAUAUAUGAAAAAGGUCAUUGAGUGUCUGCAAAACAAGAUAAAUGGAGUGCUUGAGAGUCCAACGGGCACUGGCAAAACCCUGUGCCUGCUGUGUGCCACUCUUGCCUGGAGGGAGUACUUCAAGGACACAAUUUCGGCCCGGAAGAUCGCAGAGAAAAUGGGCGGGGCCGAGCUCUUUCCAGACAGGCCUUUGUCGUCGUGGGGGACGGCUGCCACGGAUGGUGACACACCUGCAUAUUACACAGACAUCCCAAAGAUUAUCUAUGCCUCCAGGACUCAUUCCCAGCUAACCCAGGUCAUCAGUGAGCUGAAAAACACAUCAUACAGGCCCAAAGUGUGUGUGUUGGGGUCCAGGGAGCAGCUGUGUAUUAACCCCGAGGUGAUGAGGCAGGAGAGCAACCACGUGAAGGUGCACAUGUGUAGAGCAAAGAUAUCCUCCCGAUCCUGUGUCUACUACAAUAAUGUUGAAGAAAAGAGCACAGAUAAGGAGCUAACCAACACAAUUUUGGAUGUUGAGGACCUUGUGAAGGCUGGAAACAAGCAAAGGGUCUGCCCUUAUUACCUGUCCCGCUCCCUGAAACAGCAGGCCGACAUAAUAUUCAUGCCUUAUAACUACCUCCUUGAUCCAAAGAGUCGCAGAGCUCACAAUAUUGAGCUGAAGGGGGCUGUGGUCAUAUUUGACGAGGCACACAAUGUGGAAAAGAUGUGCGAGGAGUCCACCUCCUUCGAUCUGACCCCCUACGACUUGGCCUCUGCCAUCGACACUGUGGACAAGCUCCUCGUGGAGCAGGCCAGGGAUGCAGGGAAGGCAGAUUUGACUGAAGAUUUCAAUGUGGAAUCACUGAACUCAGGUCUGAAACUGGACAUUACGACUAUCGCUAAAAUAAAACAAAUACUUCUGGACCUCGAGGCGGCAAUAGAUUCCUUUGAGAUGCCUUCAAAUGACCAGGGGAUCACCAAACCUGGGAGUUUCAUAUACGAGUUGUUCCAGAGGGCACAGCUGACGUUCGACACCAAGGCGGCCAUCUUGGAGGCUCUGGAGCAGACCGUUGGCUAUUUGGCCGGACGACCUGGCAUUUUCCUGAACACGUCUGGGUUACAGAAGUUGGCAGACAUCAUUCAGCUGGUGUUCUGUGUAGAUCCACCAGAGGGCGGUGCAGCGCAACACUUUGAGAGCAACACGAAACAGUUCAAGGUUCAUAUCCACAGGGACACCAGCCAUCACAGAAAAAAACAAAACACAGAUUUAUGGUCUUCGUCAUCAUCAAAAAAACAAGGGAACGUCCUCAGCUACUGGUGCUUCUGCCCGGGGUUCAGCAUGCAGGAGCUGGUGCGGCAGGGCGUCCGAACCAUCAUACUGACCAGCGGCACCCUCUCGCCCCUCACGUCCUUCACCGCCGAGAUGCAGAUCCCUUUCCCGGUGUGUCUGGAAAACCCGCACGUCAUUCAACGUGACCAGAUCUUUGUCAGUGUUAUUGACAAAGGUCCAGAUGGUGUGCAGCUGAGCUCCGCCUUUGAUCGCAGGUUUGUUCCUGAAAACAUGGCAUCAUUAGGAAACACAAUUGUAAAUCUGGGACGUGUCGUUCCCCAUGGCUUGCUGGUGUUCUUUCCUUCCUAUCCAGUGAUGGAUAAGACUCUGGAAUUCUGGAAGGCUAAGGGGCAUGCCGACCGAAUAGAAAACCUGAAGCCCAUGUUCGUGGAGCCCAAAGGCAAAGGAACUUUCACAGAGGUUAUGGAUGGUUAUUACAACAAAGUCAAUGAUCCAAAGUCGAAAGGAGGAAGCUUCUUCGCUGUUUGCAGGGGAAAGGCAAGUGAAGGGCUCGACUUUGCAGACACUUAUGGCCGAGGGGUUGUUAUCACUGGUCUUCCUUUCCCGCCUCGGAUGGACCCCAGGGUUAUUCUGAAGAUGCAGUACCUUGACGAAAUGCGCAAAAAGCCCUCUAUCGGGGCCAAGUAUUUGUCAGGACAGGAGUGGUAUAGGCAGCAGGCGUCCCGGGCAGUGAACCAGGCCAUAGGCAGAGUGAUCCGGCAUAGAGAAGACUAUGGAGCCAUAUUCCUGUGUGAUCACAGGUUUAACAGCAGUGACGCUCGUUCUCAACUGCCUUCGUGGGUGAGGCCAUAUAUCCGUACACAUGACAGCUUUGGGAACAUAGUCCGUGAUGUUGCACAGUUCUUCAGAGUUGCUCAGAAGUUCAGGCUUCCCCCGGAAAAGAAGCGCCCAACAGCAAGCUGUGGAGCCAGUAACUCCUUGGAGGGGGCCUGUGCCAGCAGCCAUGCCUCCCAGGUCCCUCUGAGCUCCUUCAUGCCGAAGGCCAAGUCCCUGGACUCACAUGUUCCCAGCCUCAAAAAGCGAAAACUGAAUGACCACACCGUGGGGGAGGGGAUGGCCCGGCUGUGCAUCCAGUACGAGACACUCAUGGAGGACGGCAGGAGGCAGCCGGCAGGGCUGCUGGACGCCCUAGAGCACAGUGACCAGAGGGCUGGGGAGGACGACGAGGAGCAGUUGGUGGGAGAGGAAAAGGCAAGCCGCUUGUCCACGCUCUCUCUGCAGCAUGACAAAAGAAUGGAUGAUGAAUCUCGUGGAGGGAAGCGCAAAAUCAGAGUGGUCCAGCAGCAGACAAAAGCCCUUCAUCCAAGUGUGUCAGAGGAAUCCAAGGCAGAGAAAGCCAAGGCUUUCCUAGCAGCGGUGAAACGAUCACUGAGUCAGGUGAAUUUCCAUCGAAUCAUGAAUGCUCUGCAGAAGUACAAGAGGGUGGAUGACCUUGACGAUCUGCUGCUGGUGGUCGUGGAGCUGUUCACAGAAGACACCAACACACACAUCUUACUCAGAGAAUUCUAUCAGUUCAUUCGUCCUCAUCACAAGAAACAGUUUGAUGAAACCUGCCGGGAGUUGACAGGAAUUGGGUGUGGGUAUAAACCGGAACACUCUCUGUCCAAGGAAGAGAAGGAGAAGCUAAUGCAGCAGAAAGCCAAUGCUGAGAAGCUUGCUCCCGCUGCCACUCUCUCCACUGACUCUGAAUCAGCCACUGUUGAACAGCUGAACAAAGGAGGCUCCCAUCUAAGCACCCACGGCCUGAGCAAAGUGAAUGCCCAGCCCUCGCAAAAGACAGACUCUAAGCCCCCCGAUCAGUCAGCCCAGAAGACUACAGUCUAUUCCACUUUUGUCACCGAUGUAAAAAAAGCUAUUGGAAUUGAGAAAUCCAAUCAGUUGUUUAAGGGGAUCCAGGACUACAAAAAAACUGACAAUUAUGACAACAUGGUCUCCACAGUUGUGAGUUUAUUGACAGAGAAAUCAGAAGACUUUCAUCUACUUCGAACCUUUGCCAUGUUUGUCCGUCCUCACCACAAGCAGCAGUUUCUGUGGUUGUUACAUGACUUGGCUGGGGACUCCAACACUCCUGUCACUCAGACAGCAAAGGAUCUGCUAUUGCAUUCAAGCCUCGAGGUACCAGUUUCCAGGGCCACGCCAGUUACAUCACAAAGCAAGAUCUCAUCUUUCUUCUCAUCAAGUCAAAGGAAGUAGGGCAUGACACUUGGGAGUGUCCCACAGUUGCAGAGUCUCCACCUCAAAGGUGGAUCUUUUGUUACUCAAUCCUCUGAAUGUUCUGACAUUUCAACGAUCUGUUUGAGUGACACUCAUGCUUUAAGUGGAAAAAAUCUACUUUAAUGGCAACACGUGUCCGUCACAUGCAGCACACAAGCUUUUUGUGCAGGCUUAAUGAUCUAUGAGAGACCCAAGUCUCCUUUACAAGACUGGAGCAACCGAUGGAGAAGGGAGAGGCAAAUGUCCUGUUAAUUUGUAAUUGACUUAAACUGUUGGGGUUGUUCUGACUAAUGUACAAAUCACCAAAAUCAUAAAUGUGUCAGAGUUCCUGGUGCCAAAUGAGGUCGCUAAUUUUCAGAUGAGUCAGAAUAAGCUUUGUAGCUUUGGCACAAACCUCAGAUAAUAGUUUCCACAAGGCCCAUUCCAACAGAUAACAAAAUGAGAAUUUUAAUGUAAUGAUGAUAUUGUGUGAAAAUUCAUUAAAAUUACUGACUUUUGUACUUUACUGUUUUUGUAUCCACCCUUUUAGAACUUGUGAAAAUGUUGAGAUAUUGGAACUACCAAAUUGUGGGAAAAAUAAAUAAAAAGCAAUUUGUCUCCUCUGAUCAACCCUGAAAGACAGCCAGCUUUCAUGUCCUGCUUGCAACUAGAGUUACCACCAUUCACACUCCUCAGAAAUAUCUUAAAGUCCCAGUCGUUCCAGGCAAAUGGCUGAAAAUUAUUUUAUAUUAGAUUUUUAAACAUUAUUUUAGAACUAAGUGUAACCCGUAGCACCUUUUAUGCCACUGGAAAUUGUUUUAAUAGGAUUUGGGCUAGUAGUCACAGAAGUAUAGGUUCGGCAUGAGGUGUAAAUAAGAGGACUGAGACUAGGAUGUAUGAUAAACUGGGAAUGUAUUGACAAUUGACACUUGUUGAUUGGUUGGGUGCACCCAAAAAUAAGAUACACCAAACGUAAGAGAAGGCAUUAUUUGUGAGUUCACUUACAGUAAUACAAGGUUGUAUAUAUUACACACAGUAUACAGAUGCCCAACAUCUGGCUGGCUUCUUUCUUUCGAAAGAAGAUUAAUAUCCAAAAGAAAAACCUGACCUCAUUCCCUUUCAUGGAAAUUGCCUCGCUCCAACACGCAAGAACAGAAUUCAGUUCGUCAAUUUCAACA